AGAGGCUUGAGUUCUUUUGUCCAUCAAUGGAGGGAUUCGUGGGGCCUCGGGUGUACAGCUGCUACAAUUGUCGAAACCAUGUUGGUCUUCACGAUGAUAUUAUCUCCAAGGACUUCCAGGGAAUAAAUGGCCGGGCUUUUCUGUUCUCUCAUGCCAUGAACAUUGUCGUGGGGGCCCAAGAAAAUCGUCGUCUCCGCACUGGUCUUCAUACGGUUGCCGACAUAUCCUGUGCCGAUUGCCAUGAGGUGUUGGGUUGGAAGUAUGAGAGGGCCUACGAGGCUUCACAGAAGUAUAAGGAAGGAAAAUUCAUAUUUGAGAAGGUGAAGAUUGUUAAGGAAAAUUGGUAGCGCGCCAGCUGAUGUUUAUGCUUGUCAAAACAUUAAUCUUCAUAAAUGUUCAUGCUCAUGUGAGUGUGUAGAUAACGCGAUCUCUGUGUAAAGAGAUUUCUCCGCUCAUUAAAAAUUGGUCCUAGGAACCGGGGAAUCUUGCCAUGUGUGGUGUCUGGAAGUUGCACAUUGCUUUCGCUUUUUGUACAUAUGAAAAUGUCUGAUUUUACUUGGA